AUGAGCUCGUCACUCGUUUUUUGGAUUUUUCUCGUCGUUCCCUUUUGCUUUCUCAUCAAAAACAAUGAUGCGGCUUCCCCAAAUUCCUCUCGGAUACGAAAAAGUCGCGAACUCAUCAAUUUGUUGAGAGAAAAUGGUCGAUUGCGAAUGUGUCCGCCAGGUGGAUCGUCCUUUACAAUGGCUUGGUCGAUGGCAUGCAGUAUGAGAAGAAAAAGAGAUGUUGAUGAUGUGAUUGAUGAGAAAACGGAUGAUGCAUUGAUAGGGAAUCGAGAUCGUCGUGCUUUCAUCGCGCCAUCCAUCCGACAAUUGCAGCGAAUUUGCUGUAGCCGGGGGUGUACGGUGUCGGAUUUGCUCGGCUAUUGUGGACCGUUAUCUGGAUGG